AUGGCGAUGGCACCGGAAGCUUCAGCAACCGCCGAAUCCUCUUCCAGUGCUCCUUCAACCUCAAAACAUCGCCCUUAUCAGGACCAGCGACAAAAACAGUCUCGAAAUCAGCAAUGCCUACGGCCAUCGCAAGAUUAUCACCAAACUCCUAAUAAUUAUCAUCACCAUCGACAACAACAGCGACAGCAUUACUGUCAACAGAACGCUUCAUCGUCGAAGCAGCAACAGCAGGAGGAGCAGAAGCGACCAGCUUCUGCAUCCUCGAGCACAUUUUCUUCGCCGAAACUCACUCUACGUGAGUCGUUACGUGAGUCAUUCCGUGAUUUGCAUAUGCCACGAAUUUUAUCAAAUCUUUGGAAACCUGCGUCCGAGAUAAGUUUGGUACUAGAAGCGAUGCGUUAUGGAUCGUCGCCAACUUAUCUGCUGACGCAUGAGCCACCGCCAAAGACGGCGCCUACUACUGGCCGCCCAAGUUGCACCUCAAAAUCAACCGGUAAUUUGGCACCGAAGAAGCGGAAACGCCGAAAAGCCAUAGUUACAUGGCAGAAUUAUUCGCCGCAUCAUAUCAACAAGCAAAUACGAUAU